AUGGAGUGGGACUACGUCUUUCAUGUCUUGCUCGCCGACGAGUGCGCUCUCAGCCCCCUCUGCGAGGCCAUCGCCAAGCAGCUGCUGCCGGCCCUCCUCGGCGGCCCUGUGAUGCCGUCCGAAAUAGAGCUGAUGCUGCUGCCUGCCCGCUUUGGCGGCACCGACAUACGUGACCCUCUCGACCGUGCCGCAGCCGCCUACCCCGCUUCCCGCGCGAGCACCAAGGUGGUCUCCAAGUCCGUCCAAGGCAAGGCUCCCUUCCACCCUGGCGACCAUCGUGCCACCAUCCGCCACGCCCUCACCAAGAGCAAGCAGCAGCAGGACGUCGCCCACAAAACCAUGAGGGAGGCCGCCCUGCCGCACAUCGACCGCCGGCGCCAUCGCGUCCUCUCCCACACCGCCAAAUACAAGACGUCCGGCUGGCUGACCAUCCUCCCGUCGACAGACAACAACACUGGUCUUGAUGCUGCGGAGUUUCGAGAUGCCCUCAACAUGCGAUACGGCCGUCACCCCCCUGGCCUCGCUGCACGCUGCGAUCACUGC